UUCCCUGAAGAGCAGGUAGCCACAAUGUGCUAGACUGCAACCCAAACAUCAAACCUGUUUAUAGCUGCAUCUGCGAGCUCUCUCUCUCUCUCGCUCUCUCUCCCACUCACUAUGGCCCUGCUGAAGUCAUCAUUUACCGGAAGCAUGCCUGCUCAGCUCUACAAGCAUUUUUCUCUCUCUCUCUCUCUCUCUCUCUCUCCCUCUCUCUCUCUCUCUUCUCUUCUCUCGUCUCUUUCCCCUCCCCUCAGUGAUGAAGUGAAAGCAUCUCUGGAGGCAGAGUUCAGGACAGUCCCACUAUGAGAGGUAGCGACGCUUUUCACUCCUCCCCAGAUGAGACCUGAUCAAGAGGAACAACAGGAACCUUACCGCUAGCUCCAGAGCCUUGCCUUGUUCUCUGAUCUGUUUUUGGCACACAAACUUUUCGACCUCCUAUGCCUUUGGAACAGGAGACAAGGAAAAUCACUUACAGCUGUUUCUCAGGAACUCCUGUCCCCUCGGCUAAAUAACACACGGUCAAGAAGAAAGAGAGGGAGAGAGGGGACCCCUCUGUUGCCGUGGUGACAGAAGUGCGAACAGGAGGAACUUCUGUCAAAGAUUUCACCCUCACUGCUGACUCCAAGUGCAGUUUUUACAGGCCGUCAUCUAGUGUAUAUGACUUCGUCUCAGGAAAACAUGGGGAACAGCACAGGCAGCUGUGUGGACAUCGAGGAGAAGAGUCGCUAUAGCGACGUACUGAUGGGCAUCUAUAUCUUGGCCUUUAUCUUCGGCCUGGUCACCAACCUGAUCGUCUUCGCCCCCAUCGUCCAGCAGAUCCGUCGCAAGAACGUCCUCGGCAUCUACCUGGUGCACCUGUCAGUCUCGGACCUUUUGUUCAUCGUCACGAUACCCCUGUGGAUCUACUACUACUACCAGGACCAUCACUGGAGUUUGCCCACUUGGUCAUGUGACCUGGCCGGCUUCGUCUACUACUCCAACAUGUACAUCAGCAUCUACCUGCUGUGCUGCAUCUCAGUGGACCGCUGUCUGACUAUUAGCUUCCCGUUCCAGGCCAAAACCAUGCGCCGCUCGCCCUGCGCCUGGGGCGCGUGCGCGGUGGUCUUCGCCAUCAUCGCGUCGCUCCACGCGGCCAUGCUCAAGCUGGACAAGGAGGACAUGUACGACAACAGGACCAGGCAGUGUUACGAGACCUACCCUAUCAACGAACGGAUCGCCCUGUUCAACCUGCUGCGUGUGGGCCUGGGAUUUACCAUCCCCUUCGUGGUCCUGGUGGUGUGCUACACGCGCAUCUGGACGAAGGUGCGGGGCAGCACGGGCCUGGACGAGCGUGGCAAGCAGAAGGUCAAGCGACUGGCCGUGGCGGUCAUCUCCAUCUUCUGCGUGUGCUUCUUCCCGUAUCACCUGCUGCUGACGAUACGCUCCAUCGCGUACUACGCCAUGGACGAGGAGACCAACUGCGCCUUCGAGGACAAGCUGCACUUCGUCUUCGCAAGCACGCUGGCGCUGUCCAGUCUCAACUGCGUCGUGGACCCUGUGCUGUACAUGCUGGCCAGUAAUGGCGUACGGGAGGACAUGAGGGUGUGCUACCGCAGGAGGGUGGUGCAGUCUCAGCCCGUCUACACCGCCACCACCAAAAUAUAGUGACCAUCACCAACCCACUGCACUGGUUGUUGGUGUUGGUGUGUGUGUGUGUGUGUGUGUGUUGGUGUGUUUGUGUGUGUGUGUGUGUGUGUUGUUGGUGUGUGUGUGUGUGUGUGUGUGUGUUUGUGUGUUUAUGUUGUUUUCUCUGACAAAGACAUUUCAUUGAAAUGUGAACGAUGAUAACCACACGUUGCCUCAGUGACAAUGAGAAUGUUGACUAGAACAGCUCUUUUAAUAUCCUGUCUCGUUCCAUCUGAAGGCUAGACAUUAACAUAAUUUGGCACACAGCCGUUUCAAAAAACUGAAAGGUGUGAAUACAAGCUAAAGAGACUACAAAGAGAAGUGAUGUUGUGGACUGGAUACUGAAAAACUGAAGUGCUCGCCCUCCACUGAAAGACAUUUGUCAUGUGGAAAGCUUCCAUUUAAGAAAUCAUACUUUUUUUAUCCUUCUCAGCUCUGUGUUAUUGAACUUUACAUGGCCUUUGCUCAAGGUUCAAUUUAUUUAUUCAUAAAAAGUAAGUGCUAAAGCAAUAAAACAUGUGAGUGUAAUGUUAAUAGAUUAUGUCAGAACGGUUGACACUCAAUCACUAGUGUUACAUCACCUUUUUGUUCCAUUAUGGUUGGAAUUGGCGAUAGCUGUUUACAGGACACCCAAAUAAUAGGGAAAUAGCAACAUCAAGAAACAGUACAUCAUCUGAAAACAAAGAAUACCAGAUAAUAAUAAAUAAAAGCACAAGGGAUCAAAAUACAAAUAUUAAAAAGGAAAAAUAUUAAAACUACAAAGAGAAAUAAAUUAAAAGCAGCCCAAAACUCAAUAAGCAGGUCACCAUCACACAAAUGUUUAACAUAUAGCAUUCUUUUUUGAUUACACUGGACUACAGUGCAUUGCAGGAAGUUGUAUUCUAACCAAAGAAUUGAUUUGUAUGUGUGUAUGUAUUUAGCGGAUGCUUUUACCCAUUACAGUAAGAGAUGGAUACAUAUACCAAUGACAGGGGCCAGUCUGGAGGAACUUUUACCCAAAGCAUCUUGUGGGUUAAGUGCCUUGCUCAAGGACAUAACGGUAAAAGGCUGGGAAUCGAAACCACAUAUAUUGUGGCUUGGUUCUGGAAAUUCUACAACAUAUGUUCAUAUACUUUUGAAAACAUGAAGCUUAGUGAAUCCUAAGAAAUGUGAUUAUUUAGAGUUAAAGCAGAUGAUAUGUUUUUGCUUUUUUUCCCCAUCACUAGUUGAUGUCUUACUUAAAUGCUAUGACUUUUUUUUAUUCAUUCCAGUGUGCUAGCAAAAUCCACUGAAAAAAAGAAUAAGGAAUCCUUCGGAAUCUGUUUGUAGGAAUGUAGAUUCUGUUUGUGUGUGUGUGUUGAUGGAGAAGUGUACAUAUGAAUGCUUUAUAUAUGUAUAUAUGUAUUUGGUUUGUGUUUGCAUGUGUGUGAGAGAGAGGGAGAGUGUAUGUGUGUGUGUGUGAGAGAGAUGGAGAGAGAGAGAGACUGAUUCCACUUGUCCAUAAUGAAGGAGGUGUCUGUGAGGCACCCCAUGUUGUUUCUGUGAUGCGAGUCCUUGUGCCCUGGUAAGACAGAGGGGCAUGAGAUAUGGGCAUUGUGAGGUAUGUGUGUGUGUGUGUGUGUGUGUGUGUGUGUGUGUGUGUGUGUGUGAGGUGUGUGUGUGUGUGUGUGUGUGUGUGUGUGUGUGUGUGUGUGUGUGUGUGUGUGUGAGGGGUGGGAGAUGCUGGUUCUGAUGCUGAUUCUCCUGGUGCCCCUUGAUGCCUGCUGGUGCCAUGGCGACGCUGCUCAUGCCAGUGGGGUCUCCCUGGCCAUCCCGUUGCCAUCCAUGUGAUGAGCGUCGCAGAUCCCUGGAGCUGCUUACAAGGCAGAGGACUUACUCAUACGUGUGUGUGUGUGUGUGUGUGUGUGUGUGUGUAUGUGUGAUGAAUAUAACAUGCUCAUUACGGAUCAUCAUUCUGUCUGCAUCUCAAUGCCAUGAUCAUUGUGAUCAGUUUUUUGUAUAUAUAUAUAUAUAUAUAUAUAUAUAUAUAGUAAGCUAUUGACAUUUAAAAUGCACUAUUCCUUAAUGAAUUAUACUUGAAUUAUGUAUUAAGUAUAUACUGCCAGAUGGGGUGCAAGGCUCCAUGGCUUGCCUCCACACGUCAAGGACAUACAUGUAUUAUUACCACAGAGCCCAGUAAGGGCACACACAAAUCUCACACCUGCAGUUUCACUUGAUAUGUAAUACAACAUGCCAUACUCCCUCAGUUUAUUCAAUUCCCUGACGCAAAGAUGGACAUUUGGCAGAGUAUGUUUUGCUGGGCACUGUGCUAUCCAUUCUGGGCUGUGGCUAUUCUUUAGGUAAUUGUAAUUCUUUGGGCAAAAUGAUCCAGGAAUAAACUUCAGACUACAGCAUGAAAUGUGGACCAGAUGAAGGACAGUCACAGUCUGGAUAUUGACCGGAUGUGUUGACCUAGCGCCAAUUGGCAUUGGUUAAGCCACUUCGUAUUCCACCCACGCAGCUGACUCAUAUGCACAAUGAAUCAGAAAAAAAGAUUGCAUAAUACCAAAACUGCAACAGGUCUUUCGACAAGGAAGUUGGGGUCAUAUUUAAAACAUGUGUCCUUGUUUCUGUGUAUGAAAGUGGCCAAAAUGAUGUAUUAUGUUAAUUAGAUAAAGAGAUCUACUUUAUUGAGAGCUACUUUAUUGACCCCCAAGGAUUGGGUAUGUACUACGUCUGUCAAUGUAUCUAUAGAAAUUAAUAUGAACGAUUUUUUUCCAUAUGGGUGUGUUGGAGGUGAAUGUCCACCUGCCUCCUCCACCAUGUUAAUCUGGAGAGACCAUCUUGUGUGUUUCUUGUGUGUUGUCUCUGGUUGUGACUGCUUACAUUGUGUUACCCCCUCAUA